CUAAGGGGGUGGCAGUGGCUGUGUCUGCUCCGGGCAGCGUCAUCCUUUAAAUCCGAGGGGAAUAAUGAUAUCUUCUGUCAUAUUGCUGGAAGCUGCCAGUGGUCAAAGAAGUGAAUGUGGGUGUCUGGGGCUUUCCCGAAGAUCUGCCAAAGGUACAAGUACGUGAAAUGAUGAAAUCAAGAAGCUUUUGGUUAUCUCUUGUAUUGCUUGGGGUUUUCCCAUCGGUCACGAGGGGAUGGAUGGACACGGACAGGAGCAGAAGGCUGUAUUCGGAUGUGGGGAGGUUGCAUCAAGAGGACUCCAGAAGGUUUGAAGUUACAAGAAGAAAAGUGCUUUACGGGCAGGAUGGCCUGCACGCAUCGUGUGAGAAGAAGUACUGCGGCCGGGGGAGCAAGUGUGUCGUGAACAAGGACACCAAUCAGCCCGAGUGCAAAUGCAUAGAAGAUUGCAAGUCCAGCUACAUGCCCGUGUGUGGAUCUGAUGGCAAAUUUUAUGAAAAUCAUUGUCAACUACAUCAAGCCUCCUGUCUGCAGAGGAAGAAAAUCUACAUUAUCCACAGCAAGGACUGUUUCUUCAAAGGUGAUACCUGUACCAUGGCAGACUACAACCGGCUCAAAAACAUCCUCCUGGACCUGCAGGCUCAUCGGCAGAGCCCACCAAGCAGCCUGGCCGAGGACAGUGUGUCCCAGAAGCGCUUCUUGGUUGAAGAUAUGUUUAAGCACUUGGAUGUAAACAGUGAUGGGCAUCUCAGCAGCUCUGAACUGGCUCAGCUAAUGAAGAAGGAGGACCUAGAAGAUGAUUUAUUGGAUUGUACACUGGAAGACCUUCUCCGGUUUGAUGAUUACAACAAUGACGGCCGCUUAACCCUGCAGGAGCUCUAUACAGCCUUCCAGGUGGUUCGGCUGAGCCUGCCAGAGGACCAGAAGAUCAGCAUCACCACCAUCACGGUUGGGCUGAGCACCGUCCUGACGUGCAGCAUCCGCGGGGCGCUGCGGCCUCCCAUUAUCUGGAAGCGCAAUGGCAUCAUCCUCAACUUCCUCGACUUGGAGGACAUCAAUGAUUUUGGAGAAGAUGAUUCCCUCUACAUCACCAAAGUAACAACUAUUCACAUGGGCAAUUACACCUGUCAUGCCUACGGCUAUGAAGAGCUGUAUCAGACCCACAUCCUUCAGGUGAAUGUGCCGCCAGUGAUUCGCGUCUACCCGGAGACACAGGCACAGGAGCCUGGCGUGUCGGCAAGCCUCAAAUGUCACGCCGAAGGCAUCCCUAAUCCCCGAAUUACCUGGCUAAAGAACGGCAUUGAUAUCAUGCCAAAACUAUCCAAACAACUAACGCUCCUAGCAAAUGGAAGUGAACUUCAUAUCAGUAGCGUCCGAUAUGAAGACACUGGUGCCUAUACCUGCAUUGCUAAAAAUGAGGUGGGAGUGGAUGAGGACAUAUCUUCACUUUUCAUAGAAGAUUCAGCAAGAAAGACCCUUGCAAACAUACUGUGGCGAGAGGAAGGCCUGAGUGUUGGGAAUAUGUUCUAUGUCUUUUCUGAUGAUGGGAUCACAGUCCUGCAGCCAAAUGAAUGUGAAAUCCGGAGACACAUCAGGCCCGAAGAGAGGAUUUUCACAAGUUAUGAAGAGAUCUGUCCUAGAGUAGAAGAUGAAGGCACUCAGUCCUGCCUCUGGGCUUCAGCGGUCAAUGUCAGAGACAAGUACAUUUAUGUGACACAGCCUAAGCAGAACAGAGUAAUGAUAAUUGAUAUCCAGACUCAGAAAGCUGUGCAGUCCUUGGAUGUUGACCCGUUACCAACCAAAUUACAUUAUGACAAGUCCCACGACCAAGUCUGGGUGCUUAGCUGGGGUGACAUGAGGAAAUCCUCACCAACGCUACAGGUAAUACCAGAGGCAAGCGCAGGGGGGGAUCAGCAUGUUAUCCGCACACCGUUUGAAGGAGUGGAUGAUUUUUUUAUACCACCUACAAAUCUUAUUAUUAAUCACGUUAGGUUUGGCUUCAUCUUUAACAAAUCGAAAUCCGCAGUUCACAAAAUUGACCUGGAAACUGUGACCCACAUCAAGACUAUCAGCUUCAAAAACUAUAGCUGCGUACCGCAGACCAUGGCUUAUACCCACCUGGGUGGUUACUUCUUUGUCCAGUGUAGGAGGAAUAGGUUGGUGGCUGUGUCCCCGCAGCUCGUUAUUGACAGUGUUACCGAUGCUGUCAUCGGCCCCAACAGCGACGUGUCGGGCACACCUUACAUCUCACCGGACGGACGCUAUUUGGUCAGUGCGGAUGAAGACAGUGGCAGGAUCAAAGUCCAGGCUCUAACUGUCCGAGGGGAAAUCAACUUGAUUUAUGACUUACAAACAGAUAUACAUGUAUCUGAUCUGACAUUUCAACCCUCUUUCACUGAAGGCAAUCAGUACUAUAUAUAUGCUACUUCACAUUUGCAAACAGAUGUGCUUUUUGUAGAGCUGUCAACGGGGAAAAUGAAUGUACUGAAGAAUUUAAAGGACCCUAUCACAUCCAAAGACUGGCCCUGGAGCAACUACAACAGAAUUAUGAAAGACAGUGGAUUAUUUGGACAGUAUCUCAUUACACCAGCUAAAGAUUCAUUGUUUGUUAUAAAUGGGAGGCAAAAUACGUUACGCUGUGAGGUUUCAGGUAUAAGGAGGGGUAACACAGUGGUCUGGGUUGGAGAGGUAUGAAAGGGCAAGAACAGUAGAGCCUUCAGUAGGCAAGUGCCAGUUGGACCUUUACACUGCAACAAUUGAGCAGUAGCAUUGUAUAUUUUUACACUGGGAGAAAAAAAAAAAAAAAAAGAAAAAACAAAAAAACCCUGUAUAGGCUUCAUGGUACAACACUGGUCUACUUGCAAGUUUUAUAAUAUAAGGUAUGCUCUGCUAAUAGGAAGUGGUUUUGAAGGGAUAUUUUUUAUUUAGGGGUAUGAUUUGUGGUUAUGAGAAAAAUGCUGGGAAGCGAAUAAUAUCUCCACUGAGAUAUCGUAUAAGCCACGAAACCUAGUGAUUCUGUAGAACAAAACAGAUUUUGAGUUUCCAUACUGAAGAGAUUUUAUGUUAUGUUCAAGUCAUCAGUUUUCUUUCCUGUAUACCUUGCCUGUUAGCUGUGCUGACUAACCCACUCCGACACAGAGAGGCUACAGAAGCAAUGACAGCAGUUAAAAUUCACCUUUGGGUGAUGAGGGAAACUAAGCAUCAGAGAGCAGUUUUCAACCCAUAGAAACCUAGGAGAGCGAUUUAAUGAAAACUGAUCAGUUUUCUCUGCAAGAUGACUUUGAGAGGAUUCACAAAUGUGAUUUCAGAAGGAAGGCAUAACAGAAAUAGUAACUGUCAGCUCGCUUUCUUCUGCGCUUAAUUUUGCUCUUGGUAAUACUGAAGGCAAUGUUGUGAUUGACCCCUCUUCUAAUGCAUAUUUGUGUGAUUGUAUUUGAGAAAUUUGGCAUGAAAUAACCAGGCCAUUAGAGUGGGUAAAAGCCCCACUGAGGGCGGGAUCAGAGUUUGUAAAAAAUUUUGUUGGGAAGGGGGCAUUAGGCUUUCAGCAGCUUGUGAGUGCGGUCAGCUUGGACACAAUAUGCAAAAUCUGCUCUUCCAGGGCAGAGAAUUAGUUACAGUUAUUCCCAUAGGAGGCAGCAACACUUCUAGAAACUGUUGGUUUCUCUCAUUAAAUAUUUAGUAGCGCUGAAGUCACUUAGUUCUUCAUAAAAUAAUAGCUACAAUGACAGAGGGUAUUUUUAAUAGAAAACUCACUCAUUUUCUAGUCAUAGCCUUAAUUUGCCUAUUUCUUUUCAGACAUCCUGGGAAACAGUUUUUCUUUGAGAUUUUUUUUCUUCCCAUUUAUAGUACACUUGUUUAUAGUCAAUUAUCUUUUAGUUAUGGGCGAAGAGAUUCAUGUAAAACCAGCUGAAUUACCCUGGAAUGCAACAGCUGGUCUUGAGAAAUUUCAGUUGAGUUCCCAUAAAAAUAUAGAACCAUUUGCACAUUUGGAAGAUAUAAAAACUUUUCUAGUUGUGUUUUUGUAACUUUCUGCAUCCAUCGCCACAAAGCAAUCAGGGCAAGAGCAGCUGUGGCUCUCAAAACGGUGCAAACCAGGUGAGCAUCGCUGCCACCAUGAAUGGGCUCAUCCAAGCAGUGGUACCUCACACAGUGCUUUGAAAUUGUGGUCUUGAGGUGGGUGAAAUCUCUUUCUGAAGGUCAACAUCUGUUGCAUCGGAGCCACCCAUCGGCCUUUCGAAAGACCUGGCUUAAUUCUGCAAAUGACCUCGUUGCCCAGAGUUUGUAUGAAAGCAGCUGCUGAGCGCAUCCAGUGAUAUGUACUGGCACAGUGAUUGUUUUCCAACACAGAUGCUUAAAAUCACCCAUUUCACAAUUCACACAGAGGGAUUUUAGGUGAGAAGGAUGCAGACUAACACUGGUAAUUUUUGCUUUAAAUGUUAAACUUUACCAAAAGAGUAGCAUUUUAGCAUGGCUGUAGACCUGAAGUAAUUUAAACCAUUUCGGUUCUAUAGAGAAUAUAUAAAAAUCUGUUCAGACAGACGAAGAAGGGGAGCUGAAUCCUAUGAAUUCAUUAAACAUGGAGUCCUUGAAGUUGCCCUUCAACACCCAGAGGCUGAAACCUACAUUUCUUUUCACUUAUGAGCCAUAGGGGUUAGAAGAGACUAUCCCAUCAUUGCAACACAGACAUAGAAAACAGAUUGGCAUAGCCUUCCUUUAGCAAUGCAUGGUGUCCAUGAUUUUCUACUCAUCUGGUUAGGAAACAUACCCAUGUCAAGGAAAGGAGAAGACCAGCUUUGUAAGUACCUUUAAAUAUGCACAACUCCUUUCUUGAACAAAGCUGUAUCCAUACAUUGCAAUCAUCCUAAAUGUGUUUUACCAAGGCCAGACACUGCUCUUGUGUUAUCUUUUAUGACUUCUUGAAUAUUUUAUUAUGCCUAUGGUAAGUUUCCCUGUAGAGACGUUCAUUGUGUCAUAGAUCAAGCAAAUAUUACUUUUUUAAGAAUAUUAAAAAAAAAAAAACUGUAUAUAUCUGUUCAGGUAAAUAUUCUUGAGGCUGGUUUAUAUAUAGGCUGUGAAAGAUGUGUAACAGACCUCACUUCUUCCUGUUUGUCGCAAAAUAUUGGAAUAGCGUUCACUUGAAAAAUCCCACUUGGACCUUCCAAAGAUGUUCCCUUUCUUCCCUCUUCAGCCCAAGUUCUGGUGAUGUGUUUUCUAAAUUAUCCUAAUGGUUAUAUAUCAUACUUAGAAAAUGAAGUACAACUUAGAUUGUCCACACUACUUGUGAACAGUUCCAAUGACAGUCAAAUCUGACAUUAAAGUGCUGCACAUUUGUUACUCUGA